CAGGUCAGCAGCAACUAGGAAGUGCUGACCAUGGCCAGUGGAUACCAGCUGUGGGCACCCUGGUCCCCAUUGGAUGAAUCUCUGCAAUGGCUGAGGGGUGCUGUGCCCAGACCCAGCAGCACUAAACACCCUUUCCGGGGAGGGCAAAGCCCAGCCACUGCCACUGAUUUGGAAGUGCAACUUUGCUUCCAGGGGCUGAGUCUAGUGCUGGAGUCUAGUGCUAAAACUGGGAUGAAGCAACCAUUACCUUCCCAAUUGGCAGGAGAACCUAGGGCAUGCAAUAGGGCUGUGCACAAACCACAGGCAGUGAGGCUUAUAGGGCUUGACUCGGUCUUUGGGCAUCUAGUAACUGCACAGCCUCCCCACUGGACUGGCUCAUUGAGGGUUUCAGAGCGCUCAGCCUUCUGUCAAGUGAUAAGUCCCCAGCAACGCAGACCCCAUGGCCUCCAUGAACCACAAGUGCACAUGGCUAUGGCCAUGUGUCGACAAAUGCUGCGUGCCAUUCUCUUGCUUUAUGCUGCCUACAAAAAAUGUGCCUUUGCCUUACAACAUUCCCGCUAAAAUUUCCCUAAGCAAAAUCAGGACAAGCUGGGAUCCUUGAUUGCAAGAGAAGUUAUCUCAGGCCCAUAUCUGAUUCCCUUCUACUUCAGAAAAUCAACUCAUUGGAUUCCGCCUUCAACUUAUUUCCUGGAAUUGUCAACUUUUCUUCAACACUUAUGUUUCUUAGAAAUCAAUCUAUUUCCUGGAAUAACUACUUAUUCUUUUUAUUCCUCAACCCAGUUUCACUGAACAAAAUGAAGCAUUUAAUGUAACAAUAUCAAUCUGGCAAUAAUCCAGAAGAGCAUCAACACUCAGAUUGUUUGUAGACAGCCCGGUACCCAUAUAUCAUUUCAAUCUGUACAAUAAAAUACCAGGUAGUUGCCUUUAUAAAA